GGUGUACAGAGGGUCACAGUUUCUGCCACUUACCCACUUUUCCUCGGGGCACGGGCCGGGCAGGUGGUUAAACUAUAGCCGAACAACUACACCUCCCCUUCCACCACUCAAGCCCCCCUACCCCCCAACACAAGCCUGGGGAAAGCCGUCUAGAUCCUACCAAGAAAAAGAAGAAGAAAAAAAAAAGAAGGGGUCAGUCUUUGGUCAAGGGUGGGAGGAUGUUGCCGUGCCGGGCCCUGCGCUCCACACACAGGCUGCUGCGGGCUGGGUCAGGCUGGUGCCGUGCCCUGCCCCCCACCCCAUCACACACCCUCUUCCACCAUCCCCCGCCAGCCCCUCUCAUUGGCCAGGCUCGUGCCCUUGCCUCGGCAGCACCAGGGGGGCCAGGAUGGGGGACGCCCACCGCAGACAAUGACCGAUACGAACAUCUGCUGGUGACCUUCAAGGAUGGGGUUCGCACUAUCACCAUCAAUAGGCCGGAGAAGAAAAAUGCUCUUACUGAACAGAUGUUUGACCAUGUUGUUGCUGCCCUUGACGAGGCUGCCAAAGACCCAGACACCAUAAUAACGGCCAUCACCGGGGCUGGCAAUGUCUUUUGUGCGGGCAAUGACUUGUCAAACUUUCGAACCUGUACAAUGAAACAAGCUGAAGAACUUUUGAUUAGACACAUGGGAGCAUUUAUUGACUUCCCCAAACCCUUGGUGGCCGUGGUGAAUGGAGCUGCUGUCGGGGUUGGCACCACAUUGCUGCCACUCUAUGACUUGGUGUAUGCCAGUGAUAAGGCUGUAUUUCUCACACCAUUCUCUGCCUUGAACAUUGUUGCUGAGGGAUGUUCAAGCUUCACAUUCCCACUUUUUCUGGGUCAAGCAAAUGCUGGAGAAAUUUUGCUCUUUGGCAAAAAGGUAUCAGCUAAAGAGGCCAGAGACAUACAUUUGAUAACAGAAGUAUUUGAGGCUUCACGUUUAUACGAAGAAGUGUGGCCACAUCUGCAGGCCAUGGCCAAGCUUCCCAUCAAGUCCCUCAUCUACAGCAAGGCUUUAACCAGGGAUGUUUACAGGGACACACUGCACAAGGUGAACAGUGCUGAAUGCAAAAGGGUGGUAGAACGUUUGAUGGGCCCCAGAGUUGAUAACGAGGAGUAUGAAAAGUAUGUUGCUGAAAACUUUUGAGAUGGCCACCCUCUCAGCAACUCCAAAAUGAGCACCUUGGGCCUGGCCGUCCUUGCCUCAGCGGUGCAGGCAACACAGGCGCUGCCGUGAGCGAGCCCAACACGCUCCGUGGUGCCGCCACACACCGGCCGGCCACUCGGUGCAGAAUGCCAAAGUGAUGUUUGGUCUAAUUACUCCAAAUAUAACAAAAUGUCUGAACUCAACAAACUAAGAAGCAACCCAAUAAGGUAAACAAUACCAACAAACUUUACCAAGAUUGUAAUUACUGAAAAAUAACGAUAAAGUCAUGCUGUGUCCUCUUCUCCACAAGUGUGAGUGGCUUCACUCCAAAAGGAAAAAACAAAUGAAUAAAUAAUGAUGCAAAAACACCCGACAACUGUUUUACUGUGCUGUGCCUUAAUUAAAACGAAGCUGUAAUGCUUAUGGCAGAGCAGUCUGAAUGCAAAGUUCCAUGCAAGAUGAAAACCUUACUGAGGCCAGAAUUCUAAAAAAAUAAAUUAAA